UCAUUCUAAAUUAUAAUGUUGAUAGGCAUUUCCUGUAAAGCUGCUUUGAAACGGUGUAUUGUGAAAAAGCGCUAUACAAAUAAGUGUGAAUUGAAAAUUGAUAAUUUUGUCUUUGAUCAAAUAUACUUAAUAGUUUUCACUACAGAAGCAUGCUCUAAUGUUUUAAAUAUAAAAAUUAUGUAAGACUUGAUUUUCCUGCUAAAACAAAAGCUGAGAUAAAACACCCUGCAAUAAAACAAUAAAACAGCCCCUGGAGAGAAAGAGAAAGAGCACAGGACACGCCUUGACCAAACUUUUCUCCUCGUUUAUCUGUGCAAAAUAAAAUGUUAUACUUGACUCAUUCUGGACUCUGCAUCAAAAUUAUCUGAAUAUUUUAAAAUAGUUGUCUAUUACAGCAAGUCUCAAUUUUAUGACCUUUAACUUCACAUUUCUCUCUUUCGAUUAUUUUGAUGUACUGAAAAUCAAUUGACUUUUUAUCUCUCAUUUCAGAGCUGAUGGAAGAAAGCAAGGAGAGUGAAGAACUAAAGACAUUUCUAAAGAAGAGACAAGAAAUCUUUCACCUGCACUCAGUGUGGAAAGAGUUUCUCAACCAAACAACAUCAGGAUCACAUGAGAGUUCAUACAGGAGAGAAGCCGUUCACAUGUGAUCAGUGUGGGAAGAGUUUUAGUCAAUUAUCAAGUCUUAAAGAACACAUGAGGAUCCACACUGGAGUGAGACCGUUCACAUGUGAUCAAUGUGACAAAACAUUUCUUGGGGAAUCAACCUUAAAGAGACACCUGAGAGUUCAUACAAAGGAGAAGCCACAUUCAUGUUCUGUGCAUGGAAAGAGUUUUUCACAGCUGGAAAAUUUACAUAGACAUCAGAAAAUACACACUGGUGUGAGAGAGUACAUGUGCUUUGAGUGUGAGAAGACUUUUACUGCAGCAAACCAUUUAAAACUGCACCAGAGAAUUCACACUGGAGAAAAACCUUACAAGUGUUCACACUGUGACAAGAGAUUCAGUGAUUCAUCACAUCUGAAAAGACAUGAAAGGAUCCACACUGGAGAAAAACCUUACAAGUGUUCACAAUGUAACAAGAGAUUCAGUGAUUCAUCACAUCUGAAAACACAUGAGAGGAUCCACACUGGAGAAAAACCAUACAAGUGUUCACACUGUAACAAGAGAUUCAGUGAUUCAUCACAUCUGAAAACACACAUGAAGAUCCACACUGGAGAAAAACUUUACAAGUGUUCUCAUCCUCAGUGUGACAAGAGAUUCAGUCAGUCAACAGAUCUGAAAACACAUGAGAGGAUCCACACUGGAGAAAAAUCUUAUAAGUGUUCACACUGUGACAAGAGAUUCAGUUGGGCAGAACAUCUGAAAACACAUGAGAGGAUCCACACUGGAGAAAAACCUUACAAGUGUUCACAGUGUAACAAGCGAUUCAGUGAUUCAUCAAAUCUGAAAACACAUGAGAGGAUCCACACUGGGGAGAAGCUGCACACGUGUGAUCAGUGAGGAAAGAUUUUUACUAUUAAAAAUCACCUGAAGAUACACAUGAAGAUCCAUGCAGUGAAGGGCCACAUCACUAAGGCCUGAAAUCAUGAUAAGUAGUUCAUCUUAUGUGCUGAACAACAAUGCCUCUUCUGUGAAAGGUAGACAAAUCUCUCCUCUCUACCUGUUGCUCUGUGGUUGCUGUUGAAUUAUCCAGGUUGUGGAUGAGGAGAGACCUUGAAAUGUCUCAUUCAUUCAAUCAUUCAUUCAUUCAUAGAUAGCCGUUUAUUGAUAUGCGUUCUUGUCUAUACUUGUGUGAAACGUCAUCAGUCGCUGCCCAAGUACUGUUCCGAUUCAAAGUUCACAUCUAGCCAAGUACAGUUCAAAUCCCUGGAUGUGUUCUUGAUCCGCUCCUUUUAUCGAGGAUGCAUCGAGAGGUGACUUGUGCGGACUUGAGACAGCCAGCUAUCCCAGAAUGCAUUGCACACUAACCAGCAAGUGCUAAUAGUAAAGCAGAAAACCUGUGUAAUUCAAAUAUACUACAGUUAUUAUGUCAUGAUAUGUAGUAUUAAGAGUUUUCAGGCACCCCGCCGAGAACAGCCUAACAUCAGCUAAUCCUUCUGAUGUAUGCCACUGGCUCUGAUGUCUCUGUAGUGCUUUAACAUAAUAUAAUGCAUCUUUUGUAAAUCUAAUGAGUGAUCUUUGGUCUCAUAAAUCUAUAAUUUGUUGAACUAAAAGUGAAAUCUCAUAACUUAUAGUUAUAGUUUGCUGUUGUAGCCCACUCGAGUGCUGACUUUGUAUGUUUGACCGAAUCGUUUGCUUUAUUUUUUAUUGUAGCUUCUUAUACCUUUUGCUUAUACUUUUAUAAUGGGUAUUUGGCAAUUAUUGACCAUUAAAACUGACAUUUAACAAAAAGAGUCAGGGGUGUGUUUUAUAUUUGCAGACUAUAUGCACAUAUUGCCACAAAGGUUUAAUAUUUUUAAAAUGGAAACAAAAAGAGGAAGAACUGUGUUUUAUAGUUUGUUUGGUAAUAACUAUACAUGCAGUGAAGACUGUAACACUCUGCCUAAAUAAAUCAGGCUACACAAAGUUUGUUCUUUUCCCUCCUAAAACUGUUUGAAUUAAUGCCACCCACUGUUAAAACAUAACUGUGGUUUAUCACACCUGAGUUCAGUUUGUCACACCCAGGCCUGAUUACUGCCACACCUGUUCACAAUCAAGAAAUCACUUAAAUAGGACCUGCCUGACAAAGUGAAGUAGACCAAAAGAUCCUCAAAAGCUACACAUCAUGUUGAGAUCCAAAGAAAUUCAGGAACAAAUGAGAAAGAAAGUAACUGAGAUCUAUUAGUCUGGAAAAGGUUUUAAAGCCAUUUCUAAAGCUUUGGGACUCCAGCAAACCACAGUAAGAGCCAUUAUCCACAAAUGGCAAAAACAUGGAACAGUGAUGAACCUUCCCAGGAGUGGCCGGCCGGCCGACCAAAAUUACCCCAAGAGCGCAGUGAGGACUCAUCCAAGAGGUCACAAAACACCCCACAACAACAUCCAAAGAACUGCAGGCCUCACUUGCCUCAGUUAAGGUCAGUGUUCAUGACUCCACCAUAAGAAAGAGACUGGGCAAAAAUGGCCUGAAUGGCAGAGCACUAAGAUGAAAACCGCUGCUGAGCAAAAAGAACAUAAAGGCUCGUCUCUGUUUUGCCAGAAAACAUCUUGAUGAUCUCCAAGACUUUUGGGAAAGUACUCUGUGGACUGACAAGACAAAAGUUGAACUUUUUGGAAGGUGUGUGUCCCAUGACGUCUGGUGUAAAAGUAACACAGCAUUUCAGAAAAAGAACAUCAUACCAACAGUAAAAUAUGGUGGUGGUAGUGUGAUGGUCUGGGGCUGUUUUGCUGCUUCAGGACAUGGAAGACUUGCUAUGAUAAAUGGAAUUAUGAAUUCUCCUGUCUACCAA